AGGGCUCGAGACUUUUCAACCUGGUUCCCGCUUUGUGGAGCCAUGGUCCUUCCGAUUCGCUUUCAUUUUCUCGGCGGCCAGCCCAUGGAAUCCAUGGCGCUUUUCGCCGCGAUUUGCCAUGAUUUGAUGAUCGUCUCCAUCGGCUUGCAGUUGGUGCUGAUUGCACUACUGCUCCUAUACUAUGCUUGGUCGGCAUUCCGACUGUGGCGCAAGGGAGCUUCUUGGCGACCUUGGUGCCUACCUUGGAGCAGAAAGUGGCCUUGCCUCCACCUGGGCCUGUGCUGAUGUGGGCAGUCCAGUGGGAUUUAGACAUUCGAGCUAUGGUCGAUGACCUGAAGAGAAUGAAGGUCCGUCAGUGGUAGAGCGAUAUUGCCAGAACGAGGCUUUCAUGAACAAACUCAGGAAAAUAGUGCGGAACGUUGUGUCGCAGAGCGAGAUGAUCCGCAUUACUCAGGAGGUGAGGAUGAAGCGAGAGCUCGAGAAGUUUCAGCGGAUGAACUUUCAAAAGUCUGCUGAGGAGGAAGAUGAAGAUGCCAAAGCGUGGCAAGCCAUGAUGCUCGAGAUGACAGGAGAGAAGCCGCAGGAGACACAGAUUGAUGUGAACGUUGGUGCCCCGGCGCAACAGAUGUCUACAGUAUUCGAAGGGGACGAUGCAGAAGCUUUGGAAGCCAUGAUGGCUGUGAUGAACAGGAAACCUUUUGAGGCUGCAGUUGCUGAGCCUCCAAUUCCAACACCUGCACCACAGGCAGCUUUUAACGCAGAUGAUGCAGCAGCUUUGGAAGCUAUGAUGUCGGUGAUGAACCGCAAGCCAUUCGAGGAUGUACCUGCAGAAGUUCCUGAGCCAAUUUCAACUCCUGCAGCAUCCUUUGAAGGGGAUGACGCAGCAGCGUGGGACGCAAUGUUGUCGGUGAUGAACCGCAAACCGUUUGAGGACGCACCCCCCGAAGUUCCUGCGCCAAUUUCAACUCCUGCAGCAUCUUUUGAAGGGGAUGAUGCAGCAGCGUGGGAUGCAAUGAUGUCUGCAAUGAAUCGAAAACCAUUUGAGGAGAAUGCUGAGCCAGCAUCGUCAGCUCUACAUGAAGAUGAUGCAGCAGCUUUGGAAGCUAUGAUGUCGGUGGUGAGCCGCAAGCCGUUUGAGGAUGCGGCAGAAGCUCCUGCGCCAAUUUCAGCUGAAUCCACCUCUUUGCAGCAAGAUGAUGCAGCAGCGUGGGACGCAAUGUUGUCGGUGAUGAACCGCAAGCCAUUUGAGGCGGUCAAGCACAAGGGUUGAGUCAUACUGAGCGGGUCAUUUCUACGUAAAGGCGUUUGUCUUCUCGCCACAGACGGUGUUGCUCAAUUUUUCCAACAUGUUCAAGCUUUCUCAAACUGCUAAACGCUGCUAAACCUUGCUGACAGGCUGAAGCAGCACCAGUGCAAGCAUCACCAGCCCUUCAAGGGGAUGAUGCAGCAGCUCUGGACUUGAUGAUGUCCGUAGUGAACCAGAAGCCAU